UUAAACUCCAUCGAAGAAGAAGACACUUUCCCUUCAUCGGAUCAUUGUUUAAAUCACAAGGAGAGUUACAGAGGAAGUAUCUUUAAUAAGGUUGGAUGAAAUGGAUUGUAAUCUUAUUGCUACAUCUGGGAAGUUGUAAGAAGAAUGGAAAAGCGAAUUGAAAACAUUAUACAGUUCUAUCUCUGCAGUCAUCUACCUAUGAUACCCGUAGCAUUGGUUUGGUAUCGGUAACUACCGGUAUGAACCCUUGGACAUACAGGUACCUCCAGCGCUCCCUCCUGCCUCACGUUCGGCCCCUGUCCCUGGUGAUCUACCCCAGGCCCUCUUGUAUCCACCCCAGGCUUCUGAACUUGCCCUGGUGGGGCGAAGACCAGCAGAAGAGGGUAAAGUCCUUCGUGCCUCCAAGCCCUGCCUCAAAGUGCUGAGCUGGUGAUUCCAGAGAGCCGGCGGGCAUCUCUCAACAAGAAGCAGCAGUGGAUUGACCGGAUGCUGUUUACCAGGAGCCUCCUACAGAGCUCACAGUUCAUCACUGUCCUUUCCCUGGUGGGGUGAAGACCAGAAGAGGGUGAUGUCCUUCCUGUCUCAGAAUGUGCUGGGUGAAGAAGUUCAGUGAUGUUCCACAGUGCAAGAGUUUCUUCCUGAAGGGGACAACUCCAAAUCUCCCAGGUAUUUUGGUUGGUGGGAUAUUCAAGGACGAUGGCCGCUACAAGCCGAUCUGCCAGAAGUACAAAAACUUCUACAGGUUUGCAACUCUCUACGACACAUUCAACAGGAUCCCUGUGUUCUCAGCCUACACCUUCACUGGUAAUACAACGGGUCGACCAAUAGAUCGCUGGAUGAUCGAGCCUGGGCUCGAAAGGGUAAACCGCACUGAAAUGCAGAUACAAGAGGGAGGCAGAUACGAACACCAGGCUGAGCAAAAUGACUAUAAAAACUCAAAAUAUAGAGGGGUGAACAGAGGUCACCUCUUCCCAAGUUCACAUGCUCAUGACCUUGAUACUCAGACGUCCACCUUUACCCUGACCAACAUCGUUCCCCAGGUGGUGUCCUUCAACGAUGGCAGCUGGAAGACAAUGGAGAGAAAUGUCAGAGGAACUCUGAAGCUUAACUGUAAGGAUGCUAACGACCAGAUAAAAGCCUAUGUGGUGACUGGAGCAGUUCCCAACAACAACAAAACCAAACUGAACAACCGAGUGAACAUCCCGGGUCUCAUGUGGACAGCCUUCUGCUGUGAAAACAAGAAGUACAAGAAGAACAAGAAGUGGAUGGCCGGAGCAUACUGGGGGUUGAACAAGGAGGGGACGGGGGCAUUGGAUCAACAAACCUUGGGAGCACUCGAAAUCAUGUUGAACAGAUAUUACAAAGGUCAAGAUGGUCCUGUCAAGGUGUUCCCAGAAGAUUGUCCAAGAGGUCCUAAACCUACCACUUCCCCCUAACCCAGUUGGAAGAAUUCCUUCCGUAGUGAGGAAUCUUUACAAUUCCAUGAGAAAUAGUUCUGGAAGGAUCUUUGGAUGAUCUGGGUACAGAUGCUCACACCAUAUCAACAAACUAUCAUUACUGUUAGACUAAUGAUUAUCAGGGUUAUAAUGGUAAUGAGGGUUAUAAUGGUAAUGAGGGUUACAAUGGUAAUGGGGGUUGUAAUGGUAAUGGGGGUUGUAAUGGUAAUGAGGGUUAUAAUGGUAAUGAGGGUUAUAAUGGUAAUGAGGGUUGUAAUGGUAAUGAGGGUUAUAAUGGUAAUGAGGGUUUUAAUGGUAAUGAGGGUUAUAAUGGUAAUGAGGGUUAUAAUGGUAAUGAGGGUUAUAAUGGUAAUGAGGGUUGUAAUGGUAAUGAGGGUUGUAAUGGUAAUGAGGGUUGUAAUGGUAAUGAGGGUUGUAAUGGUAAUGAGGGUUGUAAUGGUAACGAGGGUUGUAAUGGUAACGAGGGUUAUAAUGGUAAUGAGGGUUACAUAUGUACACUUUCAAUUGUAAUAUUUUUCUCUUCUAUGUCUAUAUAUAUCUAUAGUCUAUACUCUUCUCUCCCCUCUCUACCCAUCUCUUCUAUGUCUAUAUAUAUCUAUAGUCUAUACUCUUCUCUACCCAUCUCUUCUAUGUCUAUAUAUAUCUAUAUUCUAUACUCUUCUCUCCCCUCUCUACCCAUCUCUUCUAUGUCUAUAUAUAUCUAUAUUCUAUACUCUUCUCUCCCCUCUCUACCCAUCUCUUCUAUGUCUAUAUAUAUCUAUAUUCUAUACUCUUCUCUUCCCUCUCUGUCCAUCUCUUCUAUGUCUAUAUAUCUAUAUUCUAUACUCUUCUCUUCCCUCUCUGUCCAUCUCUUCUAUGUCUAUAUAUCUAUAUUCUAUACUCUUCUCUUCCCUCUGUCCAUCUCUUCUAUGUCUAUAUCUAUCUAUAGUCUCUACUCUUCUCUCCCCUCUCUGUCCAUCUCUUCUAUGUCUAUAUAUAUCUAUAGUCUCUACUCUUCUCUCCCCUCUCUGUCCAACUCUUCUAUGUCUAUAUAUAUCUAUAUUCUAUACUCUUCUCUCCCCUCUCUACCCAUCUCUUCUAUGUCUAUAUAUAUCUAUAUUCUAUACUCUUCUCUUCCCUCUCUGUCCAUCUCUUCUAUGUCUAUAUAUCUAUAUUCUAUACUCUUCUCUUCCCUCUCUGUCCAUCUCUUCUAUGUCUAUAUAUCUAUAUUCUAUACUCUUCUCUUCCCUCUGUCCAUCUCUUCUCUGUUUAUAUCAAAUAUAAAAAGUAUGUAAGGGGACAGAAUUCUAUUUUAAUAAAUAAAAUACAGUUUAAUUCCUUGAUGAUGUGCUGCCAUUACUCUUGUUAAUGUUAAUAAUUAGGCUUCCAGCAGGGUUGAGGUCAAUUCCAUUUCAAUUUCAGUCAGUUCUAGAAGUACACUGGAAAUCCAUUUCUCUGCAAUGCUUUUCAAUGAGGAACAUUUGGAAUUGAAAUAAAAUUAACCCCAACCCUGGCCUACAGUUUGUCAGGUUGUGACUUCCUUAUGACUGUUACCAUGGAGAUACUAGUAUAUGUUCUGAAUGUAAUUCUAUCACUGUUACCAUAGAGAUACUAUUAUAUGUUCUGAAUGUAAUUCUAUCACUGUUACCAUAGAGAUACUAUUAUAUGUUCUAAAUGUCAUUCUAUCACUGUUACCAUAGAGAUACUAUUAUAUGUUCUGAAUGUAAUUCUAUCACUGUUACCAUAGAGAUACUAUUAUAUGUUCUGAAUGUAAUUCUAUCACUGUUACCAUAGAGAUGGUAUUAUAUGUUCUGAAUGUAAUUCUAUCACUGUUACCAUAGAGAUACUAUUAUAUGUUCUGAAUGUAAUUCUAUCACUGUUACCAUAGAGAUACUAUUAUAUGUUCUGAAUGUCAUUCUAUCACUGUUACCAUAGAGAUACUAUUAUAUGUUCUGAAUGUAAUUCUAUCACUGUUACCAUAGAGAUGGUAUUAUAUGUUCUGAAUGUAAUUCUAUCACUGUUACCAUAGAGAUACUAUUAUAUGUUCUGAAUGUAAUUCUAUCACUGUAUGUAUCCAUCUUCUUCCCAUCUGAAGGAAUAAACAUCUAUAAUGAAUGAA